AUGACACCAAUAGAUGUUGAAGAAACUCCACAACAAAACAUCACCGAGGAAUUCCAAACACCUAGGGAAGGGGCUGCCAAAUCUUCAAAACCGAUAAAAGCAUUUCCCAAAAUCAAUCCACCAUUUCCUCAGAGACUCAAAAAGUGGGAUGAGGAUGAAAGGUUCAAGAAUUUUAUCUCCGUGUUUAAAACCUUGUUGAUAAAUCUUCCUUUGGUGGAGCAUUGUUGGAAAUUCCCGCUUGGAUUGGGUGUAACUAAGUUGACAGCAAUGCGGCUCCUUAUGGCUGAUCAUUUUAUCAAACAUCCCAUUGACAUACUCUACUAUAUUUUGGUGAAAGUGGAUAGAUUCAAAUUUCCAGCCAACUUUGUCAUUUUGGAUUGCGAAAUUGAUACCGAAGGGCCUAUUAUUUUGGUUAGGCCAUUUUUGGCAACCGGAAAAGCUCUCGUGGAUGUUGAAAGUGGUGAGUUAAAGUUUUGA